GUGGUCACUCGAGCAGCUCGGCCCGAGAGGUACACUUUGGCUGCGGGGGAGGACCUCCGCGACUCUGCAUACGGCGCCUCUCUCACAAAGCCGACGCUGGAGCUGGCCCUGGAGCUGAACGCGGCGAUGGCCGGGACGCUGAACAUUCGGCCGCUCUACUCCGCCUACCCUUUUCAAGGUCAGGGCCGCGUGAAUCAGCUGGGCGGUGUGUUCAUCAACGGCCGGCCGCUGCCCAACCACAUUCGGCUCAAGAUCGUCGAAAUGGCCGCUGCCGGCGUUAGACCCUGCGUAAUCUCCCGGCAACUCAGGGUAUCGCACGGGUGUGUCUCCAAAAUUCUCAACCGCUACCAGGAAACGGGCAGCAUCCGUCCCGGGGUGAUAGGUGGCAGCAAACCGCGCGUGGCGACGCCUGACGUCGAGCAGAGGAUCGAGCAGUACAAGAAGGAAAACCCAGGCAUCUUCUCUUGGGAGAUCCGCGACAGGCUCAUCAAGGACGGCGUGUGCGACAAGACUUCCGUGCCGAGCGUGAGCUCCAUCAGCCGUGUGCUGCGGGGAAGCCGAUACACGGGAAGCCCCGACGACUCACUGCAACGCGGGGGCAGCGACGGCGAAUGCGCCAAGAAGGCUGACCACAGCAUCGACGGCAUCCUCGGAGGUCGGCUGGGCGGCCUAGGCGACGACGACGACUCCGACUGCGACUCGGAGCCGGGCCUGCUGCUCAAGCGCAAGACGCGACGCUCUCGCACCACCUUCUCGGCCGAUCAGCUGGACGCACUGGAGCGCGCCUUCGAGCGCACGCAGUACCCGGACGUGUACACGCGCGAAGAGCUAGCGCAGAGGACCAAGCUCACUGAGAACCGCGUCCAGGUGUGGUUCAGUAACCGACGCGCCCGCUGGCGCAAGCAGGUGGGCAACCAACCCGCGGGAGCCGCCUUCAGCAGCCAGCUGCUGCAGGGUUACGCGCAGGCGGCAGCCGCUGCCCCUGUGGUAAGCGCCGCCGCGUCAACGCACCACCAUCCGCACCUGGACUCCGGAAUCGCCUCUGCGGGGCUACAACACCACGACACUACAGCCUGGCACCGCUCGCAUCAAUCUCUGGCAUCGUCUAACGCAGUGUCGCAGCCGGGAUACGGCUCGUACGCGACAGAGUCCUGCAUCAACGGUGGCCCUUUGUCGCAACAGGCUUUGGUUUCUUCUACAGCCAGUAACAAUUCAUCGGUUCUUCCGCAGGUGUACGGCCUGCUUGCCGGAAACGGGGGCGGAAGCGGAGCUGCGGGAGGACCGUCCUCGCUGAGCGUGCCGGAUUUCCACAUACCGGCCCUAAGCGCGGCCAGCGAAAUGGCCGGCUGGUCGCCAAGCCUCGUCAGCUCGGCGGCAGCUCUGUCGGCCAGGGCCGACGCGCCAGCGACCUCCAGCGUCUUCGGACACCACGGGGCGUUCGGAGCUGCGGCGGCGUCGGACAACUUCGGCGGGAUGAUAGGAAACACGGAAGGAUUCAUUUCAAGCACGUUCAACAACCUCAACAGCUCUCACGGCGCGAUGGGAAUGGACGUGAAGCCAGCAUUUCCAUACGGAAGUCAGUUCACCGCUGGAACAAGUGCCAAUCAAAUGUGCAAGGACUUCGACAUGCCAGCCACUGCCCUAGCAAGUCUGCGUCAAAGAUCUCGGGACCAUGCCGUUGCGCUAGGACUUUUCUAACGCGAAGUUCUUCACUAGUA